AAAAAUUCACAAAUUCACUAAAAAUGGCAACAAUCAACCAACAACGUCAGCGUGUGGAGCAAGAAAUCACAGCCUUAGUUGACAAUCUUGAUCGGUCGACUAUGAGAAAGAUGCAGGCUCAGAUGCAUGAAUGUGCAGCCAAGUGCUGUUAUGACACAGAAUCUUCCAUGGAGAAUGUCCAGCAAUGUGUUGAAAGGUGCUCGAAGCCAGUCAAUAAGGCUCAAAGCUACGUCCAAAGUGAGCUCGAACGUCUCCAAAAUCGCCUCCAACGCUGCGUCAUGGACUGCAACGAUCAAAUCAAAGAUAAAAUGCCAGCAAAUCCAAAUGAGGAUCAAAUCGCCAAAUAUACAGGAGAAUUUGAAAGAUGUGCAAUUAAAUGUGUAGACUCAAGUUUAGGAACACUUCCAAGUUUAUUUAAAACAAUCAAAUCUGUGCUGGCAAAGGGAGCUCCUGAUGUUUAAGUGACAAGAGAUGGAUGGAAAGAAUGGUGCAACUAAGGAUGAAUAAGGACUGCCAUUAAGUUGUUGAGCUUUCGUACUCCGUACCCGUUGAACUUUUGUUUCAAAUUUUAGAUUUAUAGUCAGAAAUGAAUAAAGUGAAGAAAAUGUGAAUUAA